CUGGAUUAGAAAUAUGAAACUUGACAUUUGAAUUACAUUAAAAAAAACACACCGAAAGACAAACAAAGACAAAGGUGAAUUUAACUGUCACAAGCCUCCAGUUGACAAAGCUUGAAUGACUGACUCUAUAUUUCAAAGUGAGUCCCAGCAAAGUAAAUACCAUAGAACAAAAUGUCAAGUUGACUUUAGGAUUGCUACUGUUUAAAUAUUGGGCAUUGGGGUAUGGUUUCAGAGCAGCAUCGAUGCCACUCUGUCUCAUCAAACAAUGUCAUACUUGAAAAUGUCACGUAGGAGGUAAAUCUGUUAUGACACCGAUGACAACAUUUUGUGAAAACAGUGCUUUCCUUUUUUUUUUAAGUAUUAAAGCAACCUGAGCAUGGGGAGUCCAGGCUGUGAACACAUGGGCUUCACUGCACACUCGCCUCUCUACAUCAGUCAUCCCCACACUGACACCAGGAUGGCCUGGGUGGACGAGGUGGAGGAUAUCAAGCCACCCCGCAGUUUGUUGGGAAUCCCUGAGCUCAGCUGGCCGGGAGUCUACCUCCCCUGCUACGACAGAUUAGCUAAAGAGGAGAACCCCUGGGUGCUGAAGAUGACAGAGGCCCCUGUUCCCGCUGCUCCUACCGCUAGGACUCCGGAGCUGAGCCCGCCUGCGCCCAGCCAAGCCCAGGAUCCCCCCUCUGAGAUGCAGGGUCAAGUGGAGGAACGUUGUCUGGAGCAAGUCCAGUCUAUGGUGGUGGGAGAAGUGCUGAAGGAUAUCGACACGGCUUGCAGGCUGCUCAACAUUGCACCAGGUACAACUGUUUAA